GGACUGUGAUCGGCUUGUUUUCGGAUCAGCUGCUGAAAACCAGCUGAAAACCAGAAGAACCGGAGGAAAACACGCGUUUCACUUCAUCUCUGGAGGAACAGUUCUUCAUCAGCGGCUCCCACAGAGGGACAUGUUCCAGUAGGACCUUUAUUCUGACGCAUCACAAUCAUGUCGGGGAACAGCCUGGUUCUACCCAUCGUGCUCUGGGGCCGCACGGCGCCCACCCACUGCAUCAGCAGCCUGCUGGUGAUGGACGACUUCAGCACCAUCAUCACCGGCUGCCAUGACGGACAGAUCUGCCUGUGGGACAUGACUCCUGAGCUGGAGAUUUGUCCCCGAGCCAUGUUGUUUGGACACACGGCUUCCAUCACCUGUCUCGCUAAAGCCAGCACGUGCAGUGACAAGCAGUAUAUUGUCAGUGCAUCAGAGAAUGGGGAGAUGUGUUUAUGGGAUGUGAACGAUGGACGCUGCAUUGAGUUCACUAAGCUGGCCUGCGCUCACACUGGUAUACAAUUCUAUCAGUUCACCAUCAACACUCAAAGGGAGGGACGUCUGCUCUGCAACGGCCAUUACCCAGAAAUCCUUGUGGUGGACGCCACCAGCCUGGAGGUCCUGUACUCGCUGGUGUCUAAGAUCUCCCCCGACUGGAUCAGCUCCAUGAGCAUCAUCCGAUCUCACCGCACACAAGAGGACACCGUGGUGGCCGUGUCCGUCACUGGGAUCCUGAAGGUCUGGAUCAUCACAGCUGAGGUCAGCAGGAUGCAGGACCUGGACCCGGUGUUUGAAGAAGAAUCGAAACCCAUCUACUGUCAGGGCUGUCAGAGCAUUUCCUUCUGCACCUUCACGCAGAGCAGCCUGCUGGUCGUCUGCUCCAAGUACUGGAGGGUGUUCGAUGCCGUUGACUACUCGCUGCUCUGCUCGGUGCCCAGUGACACGGACCAGGCCUGGACCGGAGGAGAAUUCAUCGCUGCAGACAAAGUCAUCAUCUGGACGGAAGACGGCUGCAGCUUCAUUUACAAGCUUCCUGCCAGUUGUCUGCCUGCGAGCGAACACUUCCGCAGUGAUGUUGGUAAAACUAAAGAAGGCUCCAUCCCUCCUCUGGUCUACAGCAUCGCCAGCCGCUCAGACAAACAGCUUUUAAUCUGUCCUCCCGUGACCCGGUUCUUCUUCGGCCGGCGGGAGCCGUUCCACAAGCUGCUGAUCCAGGGCGACUCGGCCGGGAGACUUUCCAUGUGGAGCAUCCCGGAGACCUCGCCGCUGCAGCCGCUGUCCACCGCUGCUGAGCUGCAGGUGUCGUCCAGCGUCAGCCUCCAGGAGGCGUUUGAUAAGUUGACCCCUGUGUCUGCCGGGAUCAUCGACCAGCUCAGUGUCCUGCCCGGCAAAGAGGAACCCAUCAAGGUGACGGCGAGCGUCUACAUCCCGUCCCAGGGCCGGAUGGUCUGCGGCAGAGAAGACGGCAGCAUCGUCCUGGUUCCGGCCACUCAGACGGCCAUCGUCCAGCUGCUGCAGGGGGAGCACAUGCUCCGCAGAGGCUGGCCCCCCCAUCGCACCCUGCGAGGUCACCGGAACAAGGUGACGUGCGUCCUGUAUCCGUACCAGAUCUCCCCCCGCUACGACCAGCGCUCCCUGGUGUCCGGAGGCGUGGACUUCUCCGUCAUCGUGUGGGACAUCUUCACCGGGGAGAUGAAACACAUCUUCUGUGUCCACGGGGGGGAAAUCACGCAGCUCAUCAUCCCUCCUGAAAACUGCAGCACCCGCGUGCAGCACUGCGUCUGCUCGGUGGCGAGCGACCACUCGGUGGGGCUGCUGAGCCUCCGGGAGAGGAAGUGCAUCAUGCUGGCGUCGCGGCACCUCUUCCCCAUCCAGGUCAUCAAGUGGCGCCCGGCGGACGACUACCUGGUGGUGGGCUGCUCCGACGGCUCCGUGUACGUCUGGCAGAUGGACACAGGAGCCCUGGACCGGUGUGUGAUGGGCAUCACGGCGGUGGAGAUCCUGAACGCCUGUGACGAGCUGGCGCCGGCCACCGUGGACGCUCUGAGCCACUCGGCGGUGAACCUGAAGCAGGCCAUGACUCGCCGCAGCCUGGCAGCGCUGAAGAACAUGGCCACGCACAAGCUGCAGACGCUCGCCACCAACCUGCUGGCGGCCGACAACGCCGACAAGGGCAACCUGCCCAAGUACUCCCACAAUGCCCUGGUGGUGCAGGCGAUGAAGACCAACCUGACGGACCCGGACAUGCACGUGCUGUUCUUCGACGUGGAGGCAGUGAUCAUCCAGCUGCUGACGGAGGAAGCCCAGCGCCCGAGCCCCAUGCUGGUGUCUCCGGAGACGCUGCAGAAGAGCCAGGCCGGCGCCGACAAGGGGGGGUCGUUCCUCGCCAACAAGAUCUUCAAACAGGUGAAGGAGACGAUGAAGGAGACCAUCAAGGAGCACCUGCUGGACGAAGACGAGGAGGAGGAGGAGGAGAUGAGGCGGCGUGAGGAGAAGUCCAAGUCUCUGAGUCUGCUGGAGUACAACCUGACCAUGGACACGGCCAAGCUCUUCAUGUCCUGCCUUCACGCCUGGGGCCUGAACGAGCAGCUGGACGGGAUCUGUCUGGAGCGGCUGGGCAUGCUCCGCCCACACUGCCCCAUCUCCUUCGGCCUGAUCUCCAGAGGAGGUCACAUGUCCCUCAUGCUGCCCACCUUCAAGGAGUCUUUGCUGUACCAGUUGUCCCUGGCGACGGGACGGAAGCUGACUCUGUCGGACAUCGUGGGGAAGGGGACGUACGGCGUCUCGCGGGCCGUCACCACGCAGCACCUCCUGUCCAUCAUCUCUCUGGCCAACACGCUGAUGAGCAUGACCAACGCCACCUUCGUCGGGGAGCACAUGAAGAAAGCACCGGCCAGGCCUCCUCGACCAGGAGGAACCCCGGAGUCUCCUCGCAGGACGCCGGCCGCCCCCCCCCAGCCCUCCUGCCCGGCGCUACAGGCCCAGAUCAAACAAGGGUGGAGUCAGCUGGCAGCCAUGCACUGUGUGAUGCUCCCUGACCUCCUCGGCCUGGACAAGUUCAGACCUCCUCUGCUGGAGAUGCUGGCGAGGAGAUGGCAGGACCGUUGUCUGGAGGUACGAGAAGCAGCACAAGCUCUCCUAUUGGCUGAGUUGAGGAGGAUCGGCCAAUCAGGACGCAAGGACACCAUCGACCUGUGGGCGCCGUACCUCCCUCAGUACGUGGACACCGUCAGCUCCCCUGGAUCGACCACGGAGCCCUCCUCUCCGGCCCCGCCCCCUCCUGAGCCUCAGCCAGUAGAAACCAUGGCUCCCGAGGAACAAAUGGACGUCACCGAUGAUGACAUCACAGCAGGUUGUCUCUCCAACCUUCCACCGAACGCCAAGAAGAUCUCCAACUCGUAUGAGGAGCGCCGUAAGCAGGCCACCGCCAUCGUGCUGCUCGGGGUCAUCGGGGCCGAGUUCGGCGCCGAGAUCGAGCCUCCGAAGGGCGCCAUGCGGGCUCGGACCGGCGGACAGGCGCCCGAGGGCUUCGGCCUGACCAGCGGAGGAUCCUCCAACUACUCGCUGGCCAGACACACUUGUAAAGCUCUGACCUUCCUGCUGCUGCAGCCCCCCAGCCCCAAGCUGCCCCCCCACAGCACCAUCCGCCGCACCGCCAUCGACCUGAUUGGCCGAGGCUUCACCGUGUGGGAGCCGUACAUGGACGUGUCCGCCGUGCUCAUGGGACUCCUGGAGCUGUGUGCCGACGCAGAGAAGCAGCUGGCCAACAUCACGAUGGGUUUGCCUCUCAACCCGCCGGCGGACUCCGCUCGCUCGUCUCGCCACGCCCUCUCUCUCAUCGCCACGGCCCGGCCGCCGGCCUUCAUCACCACCAUCGCACGAGAGGUGCAUCGGUACAACGCGGCCCAGGCGAACUCGCAGUCGCAGCAGAACGUUCACACCACCACUCUGACCCGAGCCAAGACCGAGAUCCUGAGAGUCAUCGACAUCCUGAUCGAGAAGAUGCCGGGCGACGUGGUGGAUCUGCUGGUGGAGGUGAUGGACAUCAUCAUGUACUGCAUCGAAGGUUCUCUGGUGAAGAAGAAAGGUCUACAGGAGUGUUUCCCUGCCAUAUGCAAGUUCUACAUGGUGGGUUACUGCGACCGCAGCCACCGCAUCGCUGUCGGAGCACGCCAGGGCUCGGUGGCGCUCUACGACGUUCGGACGGGAAAAUGUCAGAACAUCCAUGGUCAUAAGGGUCCGAUCACCUCGGUGUCAUUCGCCCCUGACGGCCGUUACCUAGCAACCUACUCUAACGCCGACAGCCACAUCUCCUUCUGGCAGAUGAACACCAGUCUGCUGGGCAGCAUCGGGAUGCUGAACUCGGCUCCUCAGCUCCGCUGCAUCAAGACCUACCAGGUUCCUCCGGUGCAGCCGGCGUCCCCGGGCUCCCAGAACCACCUGAAGCUGGCCCGCCUCAUCUGGACCUCCAACCGCAACGUGAUCCUGAUGGCCCACGACGGGAAGGAGCACCGCUUCAUGGUCUGAGCUCCGGCCUCGGGUUCGACUCCUUUUACCUUAGUUUCCUUUUCUGAGGCAGAAUCAGAAACGAUUCUCUCGUGGUCGAUAUCAUUUUAAACCCAAAAUGUUAAGAGUGUAAAAUGAAGCUGAGGAAGUUUUCACAUCAAAGUUCAUCAGUCGAGGAACGAAGCUGCUUCAGGACUUUUUCUUCCCAUUAAAUUAUUUUCCUGAGUGAACUCACUCAUGUAUUUAAAGUUCCUGAGUGAAGCCACGUUUACAUUUUAAACUGCAUCAUGUGUUUGGAGUCGUUUGCAUCUUCUCGUCAUUCUGUUCCAAACGUUUUGACUCGCAGCCUUUUGGCUUCUCAUCGAAAUUAAAUUUAAAGUUCAUGAAGAGAAUCUUAUUUUUAAAUAUCUGAACUUCAGGUAUUCGUGGAUUUAUUGAGCAGAAACAUGCUCUGGAACAUUUAGAACAUGGAUUGAGAAUUAAUUUAUUUUCUUUUUCUGCAGUAGUAUUAUAAGAUACACAAAAACAGCAAAGACAUGACACGUCUGUUCCUGCUCUUUCCUCUUGUGUUCUUCAGUCUCACUGUUUUCAUUCUGUAUCUGUCCGACCACAUUUUGGUCCAAAAUCUUUUCCCCUCACGUUAUUUCUCGUAAUGUUAAAACGUUCCUGAAGCUUUUUAAAUUUGAAGGAAACAGCAGCUGAUUUUUUUAUUUGCCUCAUUUUAUCCCCGGCUUCACUUUUCUUUUUUCUUUGUGGCCGAAGUGAAAACUGCUCCUGGCUUCACAGCUGGUUUUUCCCUCUGACCUUGAAGAGGCCACCUCCAGAUAUGAUAGUGUACAUAUACAUUAAAUAUAUAUAUAUCAUCAGAGCUGCUGUGUAAUGUAGGCUGGUGUUAAUCUUGUACAGUGAGCGUGAAUCCAGUUGUGUGUAUUUAUUGUUGCUAACGUGACGUCUGCCUGGCGCUGAACUCCGAUGACUUCUCAUCUCAGUUCAUCUGAAACGUUUCCAGUUGUUUUAACUUGUAAAAUGAGAUUUAACUUAACGAUUAAAGUCUUUUCACGAUAUAAAGAAUUCCUCGACAGAUAGAAAAGCAGGAGAAAAUUCAGUAAUUAAAGAAAACCAACUCUUCUCUAAUUAACAGCCGUGGGUUCGACCAGGCUUGAUGCAUCUCUUUAGCUUGGAGCUAACACACUCAUUACUUCUUAUGAGGAAUGCUAACCGCUACAUCAGCGUUAUGUAUAAAGAGAAACUUUCUUUAGGCUGCGUCUGUAAAACCAGGACGUUGUGUUAUCAGGACACAUUUUUAAUUUAACGUCUGAUUGUGUAACUGUUGUAAAUGUCCCAGAGCAGCUUCUUGCUUUUAAACAUUUUAUCCCUCAGAGUUUAAUGCAGAGAUAUAGGAGAAUAUAAUAGGAUCUGUAUAAAGUUAUUUACUGCUCCCGUGUGUUGGACGCACUUCACGUCACCUCAGUUUCAUUAGUGCCGUCAGAAAGCUUCUCACACGUCACACACCUGGAAACUGUAGCGUGUCAAAGCUUUUCACAACUUCCUCCUCUCCUUAGAAAACACACACACACAGAGACAGACACAGACACACACACGUCAAGUCCUCUUUGAGCUCUUGAUUCCACGUUUUCUCCACCGCUCUUAACGGUUUGGGGAGAAUCUGUUUUAGGCGGCGUCUCUGGGGAGUAAAGGUGAGAAGAGUAGAGCUGAGGAAGAGCUGGAGAGUAAAUAACAAGUGAGGAAGAUCAGCUCGUUCAGCCAGAAAAACAAGUUUCUCUCCGCUGAAGGAAGUGAAGUGAAAAGUCUCCGAAGCUUCAUGAGAAACCUGAUGUUACCGGACACGUCUGUAAACCUGCAGCUUUCUGAAUCUUCACAUAAAAAACAGAUCAUAACAGAAGAAUAAUUCUCACAGAUUAUUUCUAUAGUUUCCUUUCUUUCUCCUCUUGUUUUAUUGUGAAUCAGCUUCUUUUCCUCACGUGUGAAAAUCAAAUCAUUUCCUUCAGCUUCCGACUCGUCAGCUGAUUAUUCACUUGAAAAAAACAGUUUAUUUCUCGAUUUCACACUAAAUGUUUCAGAAUUGUUCUAAUUUUUUUUUUGAUGUGAUUAAAUAUUUAUUGUUCCGGAGUAAAAGUAGUGUAGAUAUUUGUGUGCGUGUUGGUCUGUGUGUGUGUGUGUGUGUGUGUGUUGCAUGUAUACAGGCUCUCCUCAGUGUAACAGUGCAGCUUGAAUCUAUUGUGCAUCAUAUUAACAACAUGUGUUGCUGUUGUUGACUUUGUGUCCAUUAAAGAUGAAAACGUG